AUGUGGAUCUUCGCUGUUGCAGUUUUGCGCCACAAACGCCAAUACCUGGCGGCGGUGUUGGCGAACCUCUCCAUCACCUGCACUGGGUGUGCGAUGGCCUGGACGUCUCCGGUGGAGUCGAAGCUCACUCAUCCGAAACAUUCCCCGCUGGGGUUUAUCCCGACCGCUGAGGAACUCUCCUGGAUAGGAUCAAUCUUGGCCCUGGGCUCGUUGGUUGGACCUCCAGUGGCAGGAUUCAUUGCGCAUCGGUUCGGUCGCAAGAUGGCGCUUCUAGGCAGUGGUUUGCUGUUCGCGGUAGCAUUCAUCCUGUUUCUAACGACACGCACCGUGGCACAGAUCCUGGUAGGGCGAUUCCUACAAGGUUGUGGGAUCGGAUUUGCGCUCGCCAUCACGCCGCUGUACGUGUGCGAAAUCGCGACGACAAAGCGACGCGGCUCGCUAGGAUCGCUGUUGCAGGUGUGCAUGACCCUCGGCAUGCUGCUGGUGUACGGAACAGGUCCCUACGUGAGUUAUGCCGUCAUGCAGUACCUGCUGCUAGCGGUGCCGGUGUUGUUCUGUCUCGCUUUCAGCCAAAUGCCUGAGACACCUCACUUCUACGUCGCACAUGGUCGUUACGGUGAAGCAGCCCGUUCGCUGGAGUACCUCCGUGGAGAGCCCAUCGAGGAGUUGCAGGACGAAUUCAGUGCCAUCCAGAACUCAGUGGAGGAGUCGAUCCGUAAUCCGGGCACGCUUCGGGAGCUGGUACGCGACCACGCGAACCGACGUGCGCUGCUUAUCUGCACCGGUGUCAUAGUGCUGCAGCAGCUGUCCGGUAUCAAUCCGGUACAGUUCUUCACACAGACGAUCUUCGCGAGUACGGGCUCAUCCGUGCCACCUGAGCUGGCUAGCAUCGCGAUUGGAUGUGUGCAGGUUGUGGCCAGCAUGGUCACCGUACUGACACUGGACCGACUCGGACGUAGACCGUACCUUUUGAUCUCAUCCGGUGGCAUGUGCUGUGCCCUAGUUGCGCUCGGGACAUAUUUCUAUCUGGAAGCUCACGGAGCGUCCAUUUCACUCAACCGACUCGCCUUUCUACCCGUGGUGUCGCUGGUCGUAUUCACCGCAUCAUUCUGUCUUGGUUUCGGUCCAGUCGCAUGGCUACUCGUGGGUGAGAUGUUCGCACCGAACGUAAAAUCGAUCGCUUCAUCGAUCGUCUCCAGCACGUGCUGGACCGUGGCGUUUUUCAUCCUAUUCUACUUCAGAGCACUGGACACGGCCAUCGGCACGCACUGGCUGUUUUGGACGUUUGCCAUCUGCACCGGAGGUGCCUUCCUGUUUACGUAUCUGUUCGUGAUCGAAACGAAGGGUAUGACCCUGCCGGAAAUCCAGGCGCAGCUCAACGAAACUGCACCGGUCGUAAUAAACGAUAAGCCACAGUCGGCGGGAAUGUAA